AUGACAGUAUUAACUACACUGACUCACUGUCUACCGCUCAUCUUCAGCUGGACCCAUUCCUUCAACAAUUAUUCCCCCCUAACUCAUGACAGUAUUAACUACACUGACUCAUUGUCUACCGCUCAUCUUCAGCUGGACCCAUUCCUUCAACAAUCAUUCCCCCUAACUCAUGAUAGUAUUAACUACACUGACUCACUGUCUACCGCUCAUCUUCAGCUGGACCCAUUCCUUCAACAAUUAUUCCCCCUAACUCAUGACAGUAUUAACUACACUGGAUCACUGUCUACCGCUCAUCUUCAGCUGGACCCAUUCCUUCAGCAAUUAUUCCCCCUAACUCAUGACAGUAUUAACUACACUGGAUCACUGUCUACCGCUCAUCUUCAGCUGGACCCAUUCCUUCAACAAUUAUUCCCCCUAACUCAUGACAGUAUUAACUACACUGACUCACUGUCUACCGUUCAUCUUCAGCUGGACCCAUUCCUUCAACAAUUAUUCCCCCUAACUCAUGACAGUAUUAACUACACUGACUCACUGUCUACCGCUCAUCUUCAGCUGGACCCAUUCAUUCAACAAUCAUUCCCCCUAACUCAUGACAGUAUUAACUACACUGGCUCACUGUCCAGCGCUCAUCUUCAGCUGGACCCAUUCAUUCAGGAAUCUUAG